AUGGCCGAUUUACUGCAGAACCGUUCAGUCUAUGCACAAGCCGAGGAGGCGGCUCAGUUCCUGAGAAAAGGCCUGGAAGUAGCGCUCCAAAAUCCGAAGGUUGCUAUCGUUUGUGGCUCUGGGUUAGGAGGUCUUGCAGACACGGUGCAUGAGAAGCCACGGGCUGAAUAUGAUUACACGUCCAUACCCCAUUUCCCACAGUCAACAGUUUCGGGGCAUGCGGGGAAGUUGGUUUUUGGGUUUCUCGGGAAAAAGAUACCGGUCGUGUUGAUGGUUGGUCGAACACAUUACUACGAAGGCCACUCUAUGGAGCGCAUAACUCUUCCGAUCCGAGUAUUCAAGUUAUUAGGCGUCGACGUGGUAAUAUUAACAAAUGCAGCUGGUGGAUUGAAUCCUGAGUAUGCUGUGGGCGAUAUAACACUCCUGAAUGAUGAGACAGGGAGGAGGCUCCACGAAGGGGUUUACGCUUUUGUUUCUGGACCUAGCUAUGAAACGCGGGCUGAAUGCCGUAUGUUACGGCAACUAGGUGCGGAUUUGGUUGCAAGACACAGUGGCAUGCGAGUGCUUGCACUCAGCCUGGUCACAAAUAAUGCUGUCCUCUCACCAGUCCCACGUGGAGAUGAUCAUCUUCUUCAGCGGUCAACCCCAAAUGAUCUCAAUGCUAUACUGCAAGAAGGGAAGGCGGAUCAUGAAGAAGUACUAGAAGCUGGACGUCUUGCGGCCGUGGACAUGCAGAGGCUCGUUGGGCAAGUCAUUGUGGAUAUCUUCGAGCCAAGCGAACAGCAGAGUGACAUGUAG